CUCCUUCACCAUCCCAUCUCGCUCUCACCAAAAUAUGGCUUCUACUACUUUGCUCGUGUUCCUCCUGGGACUGCUGCUUCUCAUCACUCCUUUAACUGCAGAUUUUCAUCAUGAGCCUUUUCCUCAACACAAACCGCCGAAGCCGGUUGACGAACCUCCGCAAGGCAAGCCAUUCCCUGGACAAAAGCCUCCCACACCAAUCGGCGAGCCUAAACCAUUUCCUGGUGACAAACCACCCAAACCCAUAGAAGAACCACCAAAAGGAGACAAGCCACCCCUAGAGGACAAGCCAAUGCCUGAACCAAAACCUAAGGGUGAGAAGCCACCUCCAGAAAACAAGCCCCCGCACGACCCUGAUCACCCAGCCCACCUUUUAUCAGAAGAGAAGCCAUUGCCUGAACCAAAACCAAAGGGUGAGAGACCGCCUCCAGAGAACAAGCCAUUGCCUGAACGAAAGCCUUUACCAGAGCCAAAACCAAAGGGUGAGAAGCCACCUCCAGAAAACAAAUCCCCGCAUGACCCUAAUCACCCAGGACACCGUUUAUCAGAAGAGAAGCCAUUCCCUGAACCAAAACCAAAGGGUGAGAAACCACCUCCAGAGAAUAAGCCAUUACCAGAACACAAGCCUUUCCUAGAGCCAAAACCAAAGGGUGAGAAGCCACCUCCAGAAAACAAGCCCCUACACGACCCUGAUCACCCUGGACAUCGUUUAUCAGAGGAGAAGCCAUUCCCUGAACCAAAACCAAAGGGUGAAAAACCCCCUCCAGAGAAUAAGCCAUUACCAGAACACAAGCCUUUCCUAGAGCCAAAACCAAAGGGUGAGAAGCCACCUCCAGAAAACAAGCCCCUACACGACCCUGAUCACCCUGGACAUCGUUUAUCAGAGGAGAAGCCAUUCCCUGAACCAAAACCAAAGGGUGAAAAACCACCUCCACAAAACAAGCCUCCACACAAUCCAAAUCACCUUGGACACCAUCUUCAAGAAGAAAAGCCUUUACCAAAACCUAAGCCAAAAGGAGAGAAGCCACCACAAGACCCUCAUCACAAACACCCUUCCACUUGGGAAAAUGCUGAAAAGUUAUCGAGAAAAAUGAGGCUUUCAAUCCCUGAAGAGAAGCCUUAAUUGCCUCAUAUAAUAUGUUUACAACUCGAAUAAUGGCAUGGUGUGUUUAUCAUGCUCGCACUUUUCUAGUUAUGUAUUGCAUAUAUAUAUAUAUAUAUAUGCUACUAUGUAGUGUGUGUUAUUGUGGUUCCAUAAUCCAGGUGAUUUGAGAUGCACUUGUUAUUCAUGCUUGUUAUGUAUUAUAUUCAAUGUUGAUCUAUUUUACUUUCAUUGUUGUCUA